GAAAGAAAGAAAGAAAGAAAGAAAGCUUGGAGGCGGACGAAGCUGAGAGCCCCUCUCUUUGGACUGAGGGACCAGAGUCCUGAGACUUGUCGCUUUGGAGCAGUGUGAGCAAGGUAAAGGCAGCCAAAGUGAAGAAGAUUCUUGGACUACAAAAGAUGAAGAGUCUACUUUUUCUGGUGCUGAUUUCUUUCUGCUGGGCUGACGAUCAUGCUGCCAACUUCACACUGGAGCAUGACAGAAUUAUUCACAUCCAUGAAAAUGGACCUCGCCUUCUUGUGGAAGCAGAACAAAAUAAAGUCUUUUCACAUCGAGGUGGCAAUGUUACACUGCCAUGUAAAUUUUACCGUGAACAUGCAUCAUCUGACUCAGGCAUCCACAAAAUUCGGGUCAAGUGGACCAAACUCACCUCAGAUUACCUCAAGGAAGUGGACGUCUAUGUUGAAAUGGGAUACCACAAAAAGAGCUAUGGAAAUUACCAAGGAAGGGUAUCCUUAAAGAAAAGCACUGAAAAUGAUGUUUCUCUUGUAAUCACAAAUAUAAUGCUGGAAGAUUAUGGGAAAUAUAAAUGUGAAGUUAUUGAAGGCCUAGAAGAUGACACAGCCGUUGUAUCUCUAAAUUUAGAAGGCAUUGUAUUUCCUUACUUUCCACGACUGGGUCGCUACAACUUAAACUUCCAUGAAGCUCAACAAGCCUGCCUCGAUCAAGAUGCAGUUAUAGCUUCCUUUGACCAGUUAUAUGAAGCAUGGCGAUUAGGCCUGGACUGGUGCAAUGCAGGCUGGCUCAGUGAUGGAUCGGUACAAUAUCCCAUCACCAAUCCCAGGGAACCUUGUGGUGGGAAGAACACAGUGCCUGGAAUCAGGAACUAUGGCUUCUCAAAUAAGGACCUAAGCAGAUAUGAUGUCUUCUGUUUUACAUCCAAGUUUAAUGGCCGUUUUUACUACCUAAUUCACCCAACCAAACUGACCUACGAUGAAGCAGUGCAAGCCUGCCUCAAAGACGGUGCACAGAUUGCUAAAGUAGGCCAAAUGUUUGCAGCCUGGAAACUCCUAGGAUAUGAUCGCUGUGAUGCUGGCUGGCUGGCUGAUGGCAGUGUCCGGUACCCGAUCUCCAGGCCAAGAAAACGCUGCAGUCCUACUGAAGCAGCAGUGCGCUUUGUGGGCUUUCCAGAUAAAAAGCACAAGCUCUAUGGUGUCUACUGCUUCAGAUCAUACCAGUGAAUGUACCUAGAGCACAACGAUGUCCAAUUCAUCAAGAACAUGUGAAGGGGUUUGUUUCAGUAUGAACUCAUGCAAGUUACCAAAACUGUGAUAAAUCUUUUUUACUUACUGUAGAGUCAAUUUCAUAAAACCAACCCAUUAAUUUGUUUUGGUUAUUUUUAAAAAACAGAAAAAUCAUCCAAUAGAUAUUUUAAAUUAAUAUAAUUUAAAGGAAGCUCUAGGUAAAGAUGUGCUUGAAGUGUACGUAUUAAGCUACAUCAUUCUGAGAAAACAUUUUUUAUUUUAUUUUUUGUCCAUGAAUGGGGCAUGCAAUAGCUUGAUGAUUGCUAGGACUAAGUUAAGGAAUGUAAGGCUACUCAAAGCAAAAACCUUUUUCAAGGGAAUACGUUUACAUAUUUGCACCAUGUUAGAAUGGACCAGAGAAUAAUGACUGAGAUCUCUAGGUCCUAACUAUGAUGAUCUCUUUUUAACUGCCAUUCUAUGUGGUUUUGUGAGCAGUUAAAAACAAAGAUGUGAACACAAUUUAAACCAAUAGUCUUUUAUAGUCUACAACAUGAGAAUUUUUUCACUGUUAAAAAUCAUGCCUUUCAGCAAAGAUCUGCUCAGUAAUCCCAUAACAUUCCAACAAGCACAGUUAAGUCUUCUCAGUAUCAUUCCUGGUUUUAUUAUGUAUGCAGUAGAAAUGUGUGUAUGAAUAAUUAAAGAGUGGACCCUAAUUUCUUCUAGUUUUUAACACAAAGUAAAUAUACCUGAAAUUAUUGUAUUACUUUGAGUAGCUUUAUGAAGGUAUUCCUAAAGGCCAUUUUGCUAAGCAGCAUUUAGCAUCUACUCAGGGCAGUUAUAUAUAAAUGAACUGCUGGACAGAAUCACACACACAAAUGUAUUAAAUAUAGCAGCUUGAUUUCAUGAUAGCUUUUAAAAUAUUAUUGUCUUUAUAAAUGAAACAUUUAAAUAUUUAAUAUUUCUUUCUUAGUUAUUCAUGUGGAAGAUAAGCAUUUGAUGAAUCUUGAAACAUAAUAGCCACCUUAUGAUUAAAAGAGGGGAGAAAAAAUGUGUUAGGGCAAAUGUCUGUGUAUUCAGUAGCCCCAGAUCUAGUGCUACCUGUAAACUCCAGUUUUCACUCACCCACUUCUGUGAGUGUUACCAUUCAUUUUAGUGGAGACAGCCACUUUUUGUGCCUAUGGAGUUGUGCCUCCACAGAAGUGAAUAAGGUUGCCCUUGCAAGUCAAGGAGAUUUUUGCCCAUGUUGACGUCCUCAUGCCUAUUAGCAAUCACUAUAAGCAUCAGAAAGCAUAAGAUCAACUGUACCAACAUCUUAGUCUUGAUUUCUUGAAAUAUUACUAUUAGGGUUCUGCAGAGUUAUAUUUUUGGACUAGAGUUCUUAGGAUCCCUCAACUGGCAUGGCCAGCAGACAUGGAGACAAGGAGAUUCCGGGGGUUGUAGUUCAAAAAUUGAACUUUUCCAGUCUUUGGGAUUUGGGAGUUUGUUAGUUUGUCAACUGUGGCCGGUUUGUCAACUGUGAUAUCCAACUAUGUACAGUUCUUUACAAGAAAAGUUAUCUGGUCCAACAUAUUCCUGAUGGAAAUUUUUUAUAAAGCAGCAUAUAUUGCACAAUGGAUGAAGCUAUUGGAAGCCUUGGACUUCAAUGCCACAAAAAUAGUUGUGACUAAGUGCUUAUUGAAUCUAUUGGAUUAUUGCAUGAAGUUCAUCAUGAUGAGCUUCUGCUUGUGCAACAGGACUUUCUCCUCUUACACCCUGUAAUUCUUCCCCCCCCCCCCUCCAUAUCAUCCUCAGAGCAGAUUGUUAUGGAUUGUGCAGUGCUAUGACAUUAUGAGGAAGCAUUCUAUUGGGGAAGGCGGCUAAUUAAACACCACACAGUUAAUUCAAGUCCUGUUGAUUUCAGUGGGACACAGUGAAAUGUUCUCAACAACUAUUCAGAAGUGUGUCACACUGAGUUUAGGGGAGACUUGCUCUCAAAUAAUUGGCUAUAGAAUUGGAUUCUUUUUCUAACUAACUUGCUCUAGAGUAAGGUCUAGAGGUCAUGAGGAUGAACUUGCAGGACCUAAGCAGAGCAGUGGAGGAGAGGAAGUCUUGGAGAUGGUUCACCAUGAGUUGGAAUGCAGAUAACAACAAUAAAUGUGACUUAAACCAGUUUUCAGUAAUUACAACAGGUUUAUACUUCUUUUGGGAGCAUGGAUCUUAAUGUUCAUAUAACAUGACCUUGGAAUAACUGGAAAGAAUGCAGUUAACUGAUUGUGACCAUGGUUGCUUUCACCGGAAGGCACCAGAGGAUACAAAUACACUGGCACAGAAGUGUUUUUUCCCUAACUCCAUUAACAGAAGUCAUAGAAUAUUGAUAUUGUUAGGCAUACAUGCCAAUUAGAAUGUUAUUUUAAGUGAUUUAUGAAUAAAGAGAGAGAACGAGGAAAGACAAAAUAAAUAAUUAAUGCAGGAAUUUGCAUUGAUUAAGAUACAGUUAAAAACAUGAACCUUGAUGUGAUUUUGGAUUCCUUUCUAUUCUAUUCUACUUAGUGGGCAUGUACUAGUAGUGUUCAUUGGUAGCCUGGCACCUUCCUUGGUGACUUCAAAUUGUUAAGAAGACCAACAUUUCCAUUUGCCAAUAGUGCCACAUUUAAAUGGGACAGCAUGAUAUUCUGCAAUGUCAGACCUGAUAUAUUUCCAUAAAUGUAUGAAGAUAAUAGCUUUAGUUUUUACAGAUGAAUAGCUAAAUUAACCUUUUUCAUGAAAGUUGGUGCUUACCCAAAUACCUGUUAACUAGGAUAGGUAAUGAUGAGUAGAUUAGAAACGUGUUGUGCUGUGAAAGUAUUUUAUUAGGCAUUAGAAUAUAUAUAUUCUGAUUUCAAACAAAUGAUUAAUACCAAAUCCUUGCAACAGCUUGAAACAUUAAGCAUGUAUACGGUUAUAAGAUGAUGGUCAUGGGAAGGAAAAAGGUACAUAUACUUCCUUAAGAGCAGCAGUUUCAAGGUGUGUUUGCAUCAUACUUAUAUUACUGAUUGAAAUAUCCUGUUCAAAUGCUAUCCUAGAUUUUGGGAUUCUGAAUUAUCUAGUCCAUGUCAUGGAAAGGCACUAUAAGGACUUUUGACACACAUUUUUUCCCAUUCAGAUCAUUUGUUUAUUUGUGGGAGGGAUCUUCUGCAGGUCCAGUAAUAAUUUGGCAGAAACUAUUAUUGUUGUUUUGUUGUUUUGUUUUGUUUUUGUUAGUGGAAAUGCAUCAGCUUUAUGACCCUUUGUGUCCAGUUCUAUAUGCAUUUACCUGGGAUUCAGUCUCAUUGAACUCAGUAUUGCUCAGUCUCACAGUAUAAAUACAUAUAAUUAUACUGGAACAGUACAAUCCUCUAUAAGUCUACUCAGAGUCCUCAAGGCUAAAGAUAAAGUAUUAAAUAUGUAGCAUGAAGAUGAAUAUCUUUCCUUUUUAUUUUCCAGUAAUCAUGGACCCAAACACCAAAGAAAGAGAAUGUUUAACCUCCAAAGGAGGUUUUCUUCCUUUUUUUUUUUUCCAGCCCCACAUUGUGGAAGCAGGGAUUCAGAGAGAGAAAGCAGCUGAAGGAAAAGGUUUAAUUCUCCCCAUGUGUGUGUGGUGGUCCCAGUCCAGGUCAGAACCAGUACUUACUUUUACAUUGAAAAGAAAGAGAAGCUGACCUGCAUGCUGUCAUCUGGCUAUAUUGUGCAAUGUAACUCUCAGAAUAAUUCCCACUGAAUCGAACAUUGGAUAUAGGAUUACAAGAAGAAUGGGCCUCAUGUGGUCCAGAGGAUACACACUGUCUCCUCCUCAUAGUUCCCACUGCUGUCAAAUUUUGAUUACACAGCAAAAAGAAAAAAAUGAUUUUACUUUAGAACAAGGUCUGUGGGGAGUGCACAUCUUGAGCUUAAACUCCUGGACUCAUGGAAGCCAGGUUUGACUGAAAAACAAUGUGUGUGUGUUCUUUGCAUGCUUGAUUUAAAUUGAAAUUUCAGAGACUGUUAACUGACUUGACUGUAAAACAAGGUAUGUGGCAUCCAUUUGGGAAGGUGUGAUAUCACAAAGCAACUUAGGGUGGCACAGUUUAGAAUAGCAGCAAUGUGCAACAGUCAUAGUCUCAGAAGGGGAGAGUUUUCAUAGCUGUGCUUUUGAGAUCACUGCACAAGUAGAGAAAGCAUCAUGGUUGUUGCACAGCAUUUACUAUACACAACAGUAAGGCACUUUGCAGGAGUGGCUGCUUUUACACAGCAAGGCUGCCUUAUGCAAAAGGACAAUGAACUACAGGGCACUGGGAAUCCAGAAUGAAGAGCAGCGGAAAGUCAUGGAAAUUGCCAGAAAAAUGGCUCCACCUUUCCUGGUACCCCAUUGCAUGGUCAGAAUCCCUUGCACAACAGGAUUUCUAGCAUAGUGCUCUGUAAUUCUGAAGCAUGGGUGCAUAUCAUGUCAGCAAAGUAUCUCUGUCAUUGCAAAAUGUAUGCAUCACAGCCCAUGAUGUGGGAUCUCAGCCCUUAUUUUUAAGCUGACAUUUUCUCCAGGAAUCUAAAUUCAGCUUUAAAACAAUGUGCAUGCUCACUGCAUGUCUUGUUUUAAAAUAUAAGAGUUGUUACUGCACUGCUACUAAAGCAGUGUAGUGACAGCAGUGGAAGGAUACAGCUCCUGGUGGUUCCAGGGAAGAGCAAUGAGGCCUUAUGACUGUUGGAGGUUGUCCAUCCUGGAUAUCCAUGUAAAUAUUCAGGGCAUGACAAAGUAUCCAGCACCUGUACUGCACUGUAUUCCUUCUUUUUCAUUUUACCUUGAUGAGAUUAUAUGUGCAUGUUUGUCAAUAUUGUUUUGAGUUCAAAUGGUAGGUACACGAACCAGGUGCUCUGUAAAUCUGAGCAAUAGGCCUCGUUAGACACUUUAACAAGCUUCAGUAAAACAAUCGCCAGGGAAGUGAAAUCUUUUAUCUAAAAGAUGAAUGGAGAUACAGGUUCAUUCAGAGCUUUUACACACUGAGUUAUCUUCCAUCUCGGCUUGCCUGAGGCUUUUCUUUUCCCCAAGUUUACAGAAUAGGAAUCAAAUUGGACACUCUGAUAAGAGCAACCCUCUGGCAGAAAAAACAGCCAGCUUUCUGCUGCUGCUGUUUGAAUAUAUACUCAGAUGCUGGACACUUAACAUACAAUGCAAAUUGCUUAGAUUGUACUAAUUUGAAGAAGAUUACAUUUUUCAGUGUCUUGUCAUGUCUGCAGCUGCCCCCAUAAGGCCAGCAUUGUCAUAAAGGGAUCCUAUGGUAGCACUACCCCCCCCCGGGUAUUUCUGAUGUAGGGUGGCAUCUAAAUAAUGAUCUUCUAUCUAAAUUCUAAAUCAUCUAGUCCCAUGUGGAAUUUUUACAUUUAACUAGACUGGGGGAAAACAUAAUAUGUAUAACUUUGAUUAGCUUCUCUCAUAAGAAUAUUAUUUAUUUUAUAGUGUAGCAUUAUCCGACCUAAACUAAUUAUUCCACUGAUGAGAUACAAAACAUUUAGAAAAAUACUAACAUUGACUUUCUUUGGAAUUUUGAGUUUGGCCAAGGUCUGCAGCAUGUAAGAUCUGUCCAGCCAUUGUUAACCUGUCACUAUCGCAAAAAGUGCAAAAUUCUAAAGCCAACCAACCUCUAGACAGACACUCAGGGCUAUUCCAAUAUAUAGCCAUAACUGAACAUGGCAUAUUUUCACCAAGUGGCACUUUCCUGACCAUGCCACAGAGACAGGACUUAGAGGGGAACAUCUAGGCCAAAUCAAUAUUGCAUCAUCAGAUAAAUCUGCAGAUCAAGUCUUCAGGUUUUCUGUGGUAAAGGGACUACAGUAUCAAGUAUUCAUUGAAACAAAUAACUGCAUAAUAAUGUAGUCCAUUUUGUUUGAGUUCUGCCUUUUAUAUUAAACACAGGGAACUGCAUCUGUCCAGAUAUUAUUGGACUGACAUGCCUAGCAUCUGUUACCACAAGCUGUGCUGGCUAAGACUGCUGGGACUUGCCAUCCAACAACAGCUGGAAGACUGCAGCUUCUACCCCUGUUUUAGAUACAGUUAGGACCAAAACACACCACAGAAAUAAUCCGGUUUGAGACUGCUUUAAGUGCCCUGGCUCAGUGCUA